AAAUACGGAAGUAUUUACAUACUGACUGGACUUGUCGCACUUCACAUCAUUUGACUCCGGACUAGCUAAACAGCAGCACAACGGCGCGGUAUUUGUGUAUUUCCUUACCGAAAUGGCGAUCUUUCAUUUUAGUUUGAGCUCGACUGCUAUGUUUGUGCUCUUUCUGAUUUUCAUAGCGUUUCUUGGGUAUUGCUUAUAUGUUAAAUACACGCAUAUGAAAUAUGACCACAUUCCUGGGCCACCGAGAGACAAUUUCCUCCUCGGACAUUCACCAACGUUUCUCAGGAUAAUGAAAAAGGGUGACCUUGUACACGACAAGUUUCUUGAAUGGGCCGAGACUUACGGGCCUGCUUACAGGAUACAUGUGCUGCAUUACGUUUUAGUAUUUGUGACCUGCCCAGAAGCAACAAAGGAGAUCCUGAUGUCCCCGAAGUAUCCCAAAGACAAAUUCUUAUGCAACAGCCUCUUCAACCUGUUUGGUCAAAGAUUCCUAGGUACUGGCUUGGUAACAGCACGUGACCAUGACCAUUGGUAUAAACAGCGCAGGAUCAUGGACCCUGCGUUCAGCAGCUUAUAUUUGAGAGGUCUAAUGGGCACCUUCAAUGAGAGGGCGGAGAAACUGAUGAUUAAACUUACAGAUGUUGCCGAUAACAAAACGGAGACCAGCAUGCUCAAACUAGUCAAUUUUGUUACCCUUGAUGUUAUUGCUAAGGUUGCUUUUGGUGUGGAUUUAGACCAGCAGAAGAAUAAAUCACUUUUCCCUAAGGCCAUCGAAACAUGUCUGAAAGGGAUGGUGUACAGUAUCCGGGACACCUUUUUUCAGUUUAACCCAAAGAACCGACCAUUUAUAAGGGAAGUGAGGGAUGCUUGCCGCCUGCUGCGCACAACUGGAGCUCAGUGGAUUCACGACAGAAAGGUUGCCAUACAAAAUGGUGAUGACGUCCCCAAGGACAUACUGACGCAGAUCAUCAAAACCGCUGGCAAAGAGGAAAGCAUGACCACAGAAGAUGAAGAGGUCAUGUUGGACAAUUUUGUGACAUUUUUCAUUGCAGGGCAAGAAACAACAGCUAAUCAACUGGCUUUUUGCAUCAUGGAACUUGGAAGACAUCCUGACAUCCUGGAGAAAGUGAAGAAAGAAGUGGAUGAUGUCAUCGGAAUGAAACAGGAGAUCAGUUAUGAUGAUCUGGGGCAACUGGUCUACCUCUCACAGGUGCUGAAAGAGACUCUGAGGAUUUACGCGACCGCUCCAGGCACAUCUCGUGAUGUACUGGAAGACAUUGUCAUUGAUGGUAUCCACAUACCUGGAGGGUUCACAUGUGCUUUCAUGUCCUAUGUGACUGGGAGAAUGGAAAAAUUCUUUAAGGACCCACUGAAAUUCGAUCCUGACAGAUUUCACCCAGAUGCUCCCAAGCCUUAUUACUGCUACUUCCCCUUUGCCCUCGGUCCACGCUCAUGUCUGGGACAGAACUUUGCUCAGAUGGAGGCUAAAGUGGUGAUGGCCAAGCUGCUCCAGAGGUUUGACUUCACUCUUGUGCCGGGACAGACCUUUGACCUCCAGGACACUGGUACACUCAGGCCGAAGAGUGGAGUGAUGUGCUCUGUCAGACACAGGAAGAGCUAAAAAUAGAUGGUCAUAUCGUACCAUAUAACAGAAGAAGAAAUUAUAAUGGUCCAUGUGGUGAAAUUGGGUUUUUAGGUUGCUUAGACUUGCUUGGUGCCUUGGCCAAAAACUUCUUAUGCUGCAGAGUUGUUUUAUUACUUUUUCUAAUUCUUUUUAGCCUUUGUAAAGAAAAUUGUAUUGUUUAAACAAUUAAACCAGUAUAUUCACAUACAGCUAUGAUGAUGAUUGUUAAUACCUUACAAUAAUGAGGAUAUGGGGAAAGAAAUGAACUACUUUUUGACUAUUAUUUGGACUUUAAUCUUACUGGAACUUACAGUUUUAUAAAAUGCUGAAUUUACUAUUUUCACAUUAUUUUUGUACUAAGAUCUUUUCGUUUGGUUUGGUGUUGCCUUAAUAAACUGACAAUUCAUUAAAUACCUCCCAAUAUGACAUUUUAAUUCAUGGUUACUUUGCGGUGCAGUGAUUUUUUUUAAUCAACAACUGUGUUUCUAUCAUUGUGCACAAGGGGGCGCUGUGACCUUACAAGCUCAAAAGCACCUGUUAAACUACAAAUUCCAGAGAAUUAACGCUCAGAAGUUGCCACAGCCAGAAUGACACACGCAAUGACCGUUCAAAUCAGUUUGAAAUAAGAAACAAUAUAACUGGGUCAAUUACAUCUACAGCACAGCUUUUUUUUGCUUAGAAAUAAACACAUUUUAAAAAAUCAAGCUU